CAACUCCCAACGUCCAACUAUAUAAACCUAUCCCCAUCUUUUCUUUCUCUCCACGAAACCACACGGGCAUUACAUCCGUUUUUCAGAACCAGAAAUCCUCUUCUUUUCUUUCCAUUUCUUUAGAAACAGAGAGAUUUAGAUCUCCGCAGUCAUGAAUACCUACGCUUCUCUAUCCGAACAAAUCCAGAUCAUGGAGAAUUUUGAUAUCUUCAAGGUCCAAGGAAGGGAUAAACGUGGACGAAAGAUCCUCCGUAUUGUCGGAAAAUUCUUCCCCUCACGGAUCGCCGGUAGUGAGGCUCUGAAGAAGUAUUUGGAGGAGAAGAUCUUCCCACAACUGGAAGGGAGGCCCUUUUCAGUGGUGUAUGUGCAUACAAACGUUCAGAGGAGCGAGAAUUUCCCAGGAAUCUCGACCCUACGAUCGAUCUACGAGGCGAUCCCAAUCAACGUCAAGGAGAAUCUCGAGGCGGUUUAUUUUGUUCACCCUGGUCUUCAGUCCAGGCUUUUCCUCGCUACCUUCGGUCGUUUUCUCUUCACGGGAGGGUUGUACGGAAAGCUUAAAUACGUGAGCAGGCUAGAGUUUCUGUGGGAGCAUGUUCGGAGAAAUGAUAUUGAGAUACCGGAGUUCGUGUGGGAUCAUGAUGAGGAGCUUGAAUACCGUCCGAUGAUGGAUUAUGGAUUGGAGAGCGAUCACCCAAGGGUGUACGGUGCUCCCACGGUGAACUCGCCGGUGUCUGUUUACUCCAUGAGGUGUAUCUCAUAGUAAGGACCAAGGCUUCUUUUUCUUUGUAUAGUGUAGUUUUAUUUUGAAAAAAAAAAAAAAAAAAAAAAGAAUUCUAUACUG